AUGUCUAAGCUUCUCGUCGUCGUCGGCGCGACCGGCCAACAAGGCGGCUCCAUCAUCGACACCGUCCUGUCCGACCCCGAGUUAAGCAGGGAGUACACCAUCCGCGGCACAACCCGGGACCCCAACUCCCCCAGCGCCCAAACCCUCGCAGCCAAGGGCAUCGAGGUCGUACCCGCCGACUUCAACGACCCAUUCUCCCUCCAGCAUGCCUUCACAGGCGCACACACCGUCUUCGCCACCACAACCACCAUCUACGACGGGCACACCUACGAGCACGAGAUCGCCCACGGCCGGGCCCUCGCCGACGCCGCCGUCGCCGCCCACGUCCCCUUCUACAUCUUCUCCACCCUCCCGCACAUCAAAACCCUCUCCCACGGCACCCUCACCCACGCCGGCCACUUCGACGCCAAAGCCGACGUCCAGACGUACAUCCAGACCCUGCCGCUCAAAAGUGCCUUCAUCGCCCCAGGCUCCUUCAUGUCCAACUUCCACCACUCCAUGGCCCCCUAUCCCGUCGACUCGGACAGCAAAACCUACGCCCUAUCCUCCUUCGUGCCCCCCGACACGCAACUCCCUCUGAUCAACACAGCCGGCGACACGGGAAAAUGGGUCGCUGCCAUGCUGGCAGAUUUUGAUAAAUAUGAGGGGAAGGUCCUCUGCUGCGCGAGCGGACUGUAUUCUUUUACGGAGAUCGUGGAAACAAUGAGUCGGGUGUCGGGUAAGACGGUGGUUUAUCGUCAGUUGGAGGAGGAGGUGUGGAGGGGUUUCUUGCCUGGGACCAUGGUGGAUUAUAUUGCGGAUAUGAUGAAGGCGAUGCGUGAUUUUGGGUAUUUUGGGGAUGGCACGGGGGAGAAGGUUGAUUGGGCAGUGGGGGAGGCGAGGGGGCGGGUGACGAGUUUGGAGGAGUUUUUGAGGGAGAGGCCGUUGGGGUUGUGA